GCUGAGAUGCUCAUUUCUCUUUGCAGCUCUCACUGCAGCUCAGAGGGAGGGUGAGGAGGAGGAGGAGGCAACGGGAGCAGCAGCAGCACCCUGAGGGCUGGGAGAAAAAGACAGUAGAGAUGAAGCACCAAACGAGAGUGCAAGACAAGUAAGCAGCAGGCAAGCAGCCCAUGCAAGUGCGAGACCACACCUUCAGCAGGAAUAUACUGCAGUGCUGGCUGAGACCCAGACAUAGCGUGGAAUUGACCAAAAGGUGCGCCGUGGGGGACAUAAAUCUGUGGUCCUGGAAACUUUCAGUUGGCAUCACUAAGCAGCCUGGAGACCAGAGAACAACUGUAUGAGAUUCUGUAUGAGAGAGGAUCCUUUAAUGCAGAAGGAAGAAGUUUCUGCAUUUAUGUGAGACCGGCAGUCUCUGCAUCUUCAGAGCAUCUUUUGUUAGCAGCAUGCCAGGCCUCUAUAAUGCCUCAUCAUGGGUUCAGCUCCCUCUAGAGUCAUCCUGUGUUACUGCCUAUGCCAAUGGAUACAGCAUGGGUCUCAAUGCCCACCUUACAUAUCUUAACCCUGGAAGUGAAACUGUGCAAGCUAUUUUUAUAUAUCUGUUGGAUGAUGGGGAGGUGGUAACUGGUUUUGAGGCUACAACUGGUAACCGGAAAGUGCAAGCCCAGGUCCACAGUCAAAGCCGGAUGGAGGAGUGCUGCACCAAGUUCCUUUGGGAUUGCCUGCCUUGUCUUUGCCCCAAUGGUCACCUUAUCCUGGAUUCAAAUACUGCACAUGGUUUGUUUAUCCUCAGUGUGGGAGCAGUUCCUCCUUCUGCAACACUAAGUGUGAACCUGAGGAGCAGCAGAGAACUAAAGACUCUUACAAAUGGAGCAGUGCAUGUGAUCCUCAACUCCACACUCACACCCUUUGCCCCUUCUCCAGGGGAACCCAGCGAAGAGGGGGAGGGUCUGUGUGACGACAGGUUGUGCUUAUGUCCAACCAGCUGUUUUGGUGGAGCAGGAGGAAAUCCAUGGGUGUUGCUCAGUGACUCCCCUCUGGUUCUGCCUUCACCCUCUUCAGGUUCUCUUUCUGCUGCUCUGUCUGAGCCAGCUACCAAUGUACAUCGUUACAAAUUCAGCUUUCGCCUGGAAGUACAAGGACCUUGUCUUCUGGCAGGAAUAGAAAGUACAUCUCAUGCUCUCCGUGCUGAUGCCAGUCCAUUUGCUCUCUCAGCCUCGUCUGUUUGGAUCAGUUUGGCAGAAGAACAUGAAUGUAACCGAGCUUUGGAGAUAAUCCUGCAUCUUAGUGAACCAUACAUUCCUCACUUAUGUUUGGAAAAAGGCAGAAAAAGUUUUUCGCAAUACAAAAUGCAGAUAAGAGAGCGAGGAGACUUCAUAAGGGCAGUUAAGAAAUCUAGUGACCCAGAAAGACAGGUCAGCUUUGUAAGGAGACGCUUCCACAAAGAUCUCCAUUUCACCCCAGUAUUGAUGUUGAACUUCUGCCCUGACCUUAUGUCCCUCAGCUCAUUAAUCUCUGACCUCCCGACUAUAACCAGAGAAAUAAUUUUCCUUGUGUAUCACUCAGGAGAGCUUUCGCAUAAUUUUCGGGAUGCCCUCUUACUGGCUGUUAGGAGUUUACCCGCACGUACUUUGCUGAAUCUGGGAAGUGGCACAUGUGACAGCAUAACCCUGUUCCAGACCAGCAGGCAGUGUAGCAAUGAGUCAUUGGAGGCAGCUUGUGAUCAUAUCAAGAAUGGACAACUCAGCUGUAGUUCCAGUAACUUGGUGACAGUGCUGGGCCAUAUCCUGACCCUUCCAGUGCAUCGUGGGUACCCACGCCAGCUCUUUCUCUUUACUGACACAUCUCCUAGGUGUCCUGGAAGAGUCAUUGAGCUUUUGACUUACCAUGCAAAGACUACAAGGGUGUUUGGGUUUGGUCUUGAUGUCAGAGCUGGCCACAGAUUUCUUGAAGAAGCAGCCAGAGUAAGCAGUGGUACCGUGGAGCUGCUAGGUGAGGGGGAAAGAUUGCAGCCCAAGCUUAUUAAAUCAUUAAAGAAGGCACUGGAGCCGGCUCUUAGCGAUAUCACUAUAGAUUGGUACAUGCCUGAUACUAUGGAGGCACUGCUGACACCUAAUGAAAUUGCUCCACUCUACCCUGGGGGCUCUCUUAUUAGCUACUGUGCUUUGUAUCACACAGCCAGCUUCCGUGGCAAGAGGGAUAUGAGAAAGAGUGUCAGGUGUGGCUCUUUUAGCUCAGUCUUUGAGUCCCAGGAAGAUUCUCAGGUCCCGGAGAGCACAGAAACAAGUUGUUUAAAUCCACCCACAGGGGCUGAUGAUAUGGGUCGUGCCCUACAGGAAAUUUCCCAUGAGAUAUCUAUGGAGUUUUCAGCAUGCAGUGAAAAGCCAGAAAUAAGUGAAGAUUCUUUCAGUGACAUCAGGAAACGCAUUGUGCGUUCAUCAUAUGUAAAGGAUCAGUAUGUGCUCACUCAUUGCUCUGUUAGUACUGAGCCAACUCAUGCCCAGACUCACCCCUCCAUUAGCAGUGAUCCCACUUAUGCCCCCACUCACGGCUCUACUAGCAGUGAAUCUGUGGGAUCCCAUGAUGCCAAUGGAAAUUGCAGUUCAGCUAUGAACUCACAACAAGGCCAGAAGUCUGUGUCCCAGAUGGCGGGAAUACAUGCACCUAUCAGAGAUCUUGCUUCUUUCAGUAAGGCACCAGGAACUCAAAGCUCUGAAGAACUAGUGAAAAGGAAAGCACUGAUGCAGGCCACCAUGUCUGGCCGCAGUUUCUCUUCUCCCCAUGGUGAACUGGAUAUGCUGCGGCUGCGUUCUGUCUUGGACAAGGUUUCUCAAAGCAAGGAGCCGGAUAAGCGCUGCACACGUGGGGAAAGCUUAAUGGAUUCCUGUCAAUUCCACACCCCCUCCAAUUUGGACUGGGACAUGUUGGUUGAUGCUCAGUAUCUGUUUUCUGCUUCUCCUGCUGCAGAAGAGAACAGUGUAAUAUCCAAGGCAAGCACUGACUCUGUGUGGCAGUGCAGGGCUGUGAUCCGUGGCCUUUUAGGAAACAAGAGCCACUCUUGGGAGGCCUCAAUAAGUCUGCAGUCAUUACUGCACUCUACUGAUGAGGAAUCUGAAGGUUCUAAUAUGGUGGAUUCUGAAUUUGAUUUGCAUCAUCUGGCUGCACAGUCUGUCAUUAAAGAUAAUGAGGAUACAGCAUGGCGGGUGUGUGACAUUGAACAUGGGUCCUCUCGUAGGUAUCGUCUGAAAGCCAUACAGACCAGCAAAUCAUGCUCUCAAAUUUCCACAUUUACUAGUCACAUGCCUGUGGAUCUUGCUUCCCAUGAUGUUAUUUCAGAGCACAUAAAAGUAUGCAGAGGUUGGCGAAAUAAUAGAAUCGAUAGCACAAACCUGGCUAAUUUGCAUAAAAGAGAACACAGAAGCUCAGAAAACAUGGAUGAACUAUUUAUGGCUUCAGAUGAUACUGCUGAUUUCCCAUCAUCCCCACGGAGCCUAAUCUCCAACAGUGGUUCGGAAAAAAAGAGCAUUCAGGAAGGUCACCUUCUCAGUGCCUUUGGCUCUCAGAAACCAUCAGAUACAUCACUGAGUUCCAGGAUCAGCAAUGGAAAAAGAAAAAUCCGAAGUAUUUCUGGAAAACUUUCACCUCUCAAAACACCAUGCCUAAGAGAGAGGGAGAAGGAGAAAAGCCAAGAGUUUGGGCUUCAAGAUUAUCUGCCAUUGAUCAGCUUGCAGUCCUCAGAAGGAUAUUUCACACUCAACAGCAAUUUCUCCAGUGUAGUUAAAAUUUCUCUUGAGCGCCUGCUGCGUGCCUCACCCUAUAGCUGCCACCGAGGUAGCUUGAGUCCAGGGUCUGAACCAAGCCUUCUAGAGCAGGGGCAAUUUCUUAAAGGAGGAAUGGGAACCUACAAAGGUGGUUCCCAACCCCAGGUUCCCACUACACAAGGUCCAUCCUUUAUUCCUGUACAUGCCACAUCAUGUCCUGAGGCACUGUGUCAGCAGGCAGACAGCGGACGUGGAUCUGAAACAGACCCAUGUGAAACAUCCCCAUGCCCUUCUGAGGUUUGCACGGACAUGGACACUGACUUAGAGGGUUGGUCAUGGGCCACUGCUGUGGCAUUAGCAUGGUUGGAACAUUGUUCUGCAGGAUUCUUCACUGAAUGGGAGGUAUUGGCAGCAAAAGCAGAGGUAUGGUUGAGGGCACAGGUUCUGCCAGACGGGCUACAAAUCUCUGCUUUAAAAGGAGCUGCCCGCCAUCUUUUUCUACUGCUCCGUCACUGGGAUGAAAAUCUCAACCUGAAUAUGCUGUGCUACAAGCCAGGUGAUGUCUGAAUACAAACUUGUGCCAAUAAAAGCUUUAUAUUAUCA